CAUUUCAUCUUUAAAAUUGUUUUCCCACACGUUCAACUAAUAUAAUUUAAUUCUAUAACAUAAGGAACAAACUGAAAGGAGAUUGAAGAUGUAUGGACAAUAUUCACAUAGAAAUAUAUUACAGAAAUACAAGACACUGAAGACAACCGAGGGUGGGAUUGGCAUGAAGUCACAAAAAACUGAGGAAUUGAACCAACCUGAAGUAAAACCAAUAGCUGAGGUGGUUCCCGAUAACAUUAAAAUAUCAGCUCGUGUUGCACCGAACCAAUUAACUGAAGUGACGAUGGGAAAUGUAUCGUCGGAUGCAAAUAAUUUAAACCAGAUACCCAGUAAUCACAGCACUCAAUACAAACAGAAUAACCAGGGAUCCGGGAAUGCUUUUGGUCAAAUUCGAGAGCAGCACAUAUUCUUUCCAUUACCAAAAGACGCUGUAAUAUUAGAGGAACCAAGAAUCUAUCAUUCUAUUACAGUUGAUCUAGAGGAACUUUUGUCGCCGCAGAGUUUUGCUAAAUUCCUUAUACUACUGAUAUAUAUAAUGGAUUGUAAUUAUAGAAAGAAAAUAAGCCUGUCCCAAAGUAUCCGACUUUUUGGCAAAUUCUUACCCAGUUGGAUAUAUUACAUUCUGUGCGUUAACAUUGUCUUCAUUAUAUUUCUGGUUUUGUAUUUGGUACGAGUAUGUAUUCCAUUUAAUAAACCAAAGUCGGAAUCUUAUUGGGAAGGACUUAUGCGACAACUAGUUUCAAUGCUGAAAACUAUGCGGCUUUGAUUUUUAUUUUAUUGAAUAAUGUGUAAUGUGAGAAUAAAUUAUAAAAUGUUA